AUGUUCAUCUCAUGCCUUGGCGAAUUUGUGGGCACAUUUCUCUUCCUAUUCUUCGCCUUCGCUGCUACACAAGUCGCCAAUAACCUCCUCGGUACCGGUGCUAUGAACGUUGGAGCGUUGCUCUACAUUUCACUUGCAUUUGGCUUCUCGCUGGCCGUCAAUGUCUGGGUCUUCUUUCGCAUCAGCGGAGGACUGUUCAAUCCUGCAGUGACCGUAGCCAUGGCGCUUAUUGGGGCCGUUGGCUGGCUCAAGGCCGCCGCUCUCAUCAUAUCACAAGUCCUUGCAGGCAUCGCUGCGGCCGCUAUCGUGUACGGUUUGUUCCCCGGUCCCCUUGCUGUACGUACCAGUUUGGAGAACCAUACUUCGAUCGUUCGGGGUCUGUUCAUCGAGAUGUUCUUGACCUUUGAACUCAUCUUCUGCAUCUUCAUGCUCGCAGCCGAAAAGCACAGAUCGACCUUCCUCGCGCCGAUCGGUAUCGGGCUAGCUCUCUUCAUCGCAGAAUUGGCUGGUGAGUUUCGUCCCAACGAAUCACUGCUACCCACUGCUACCGCGCUGACCAUGAUAGGUGUCUUUUUCACUGGUGGAUCGCUCAACCCGGCUCGAUCCUUUGGUCCUGACGUUGUCCUCGGAAAGUUCGAUGGCUACCAUUGGAUCUACUGGGUUGGUCCUCUACUUGGUGCUAUCUUGGCCGUAGUGUUCUAUCGUUUCAUCAAGACACUCGAGUAUGAGACCGCCAACCCAGGCGCAGAUGGAGAUGGCCAUGAGCUACACGAUUAUCGUGGAUCAAGGGACGAGACUCGUACUUCCACCCGGCAGACAACCGAUGGGACGGAUGAGACCGACUUCGGAACACGCAUCCAGACCGCGAAGAGAAACCCUGCAGCUCCAGCUCGCCAGAAUACAUCUUCUCGAUACGACACCACAUUUUCGGGCUCGACUACGAAUGGUGAGCUCAGCCAGCCCAUGCAGGCAUUCGUCCAUGGCGGUGACGGUCAUCGGUCCGACACAGACACGUCCUCUCUUGAUCAUCCCAACGAGCGACCUCGCGCUCAGCACACCUACAGCUCCAGACGCUCGAAUCAAUCAAAUCACGAUAUGGCAUCUAACAUCGGCUAUCGUAACGGGCCAAGCGUAGAGUCUGGCACGUCGAGCUAUUAG